AUGGAGAACGGUCUCACGUUUUAUGAAGCUCAUGAUAAGAUAAAUGGUUGUAAUGCAUCUAAUCUACUGUUUUCGAUCGUUUUCUGGCGUGAUUUGGUCGAAAAAAGAUGGGAAAAAGAAGCUGGUGGUGAUUUGGAUUUGGUGCUACUGUAUUGUUGGUUAGCUACAGUGGAAGCUGGUUUACUCAAGUCUGAGGAAAUUUUAGAGGGCGUAGCAAGGCUUAGUUUAGCAAAUGAUAUUGAAUUUGAAGAGCAAAACUUCAUUGCAUUGAUGAAUGAAGCAAGAGAGAAGCGAGCAAAAUUGGGAGUUCCUGCACCUAAAAUUCCCUUGGAAAUUCGAACUGAGAAAGCUCUGGACGCUAUACAUGUGUGUUGCUUUGGAAGAAAUCUGAUUGAAGAAGAAGAUGAAAAACUGCUAAUUACCAUGCUUAAAUGA